UCUAGUAUCUUUGCUUUGGUUGAGGGUCGUCCAGGGCCCAGGCUUAGUCACACAACGGCGGCGGUGAAAGGUGGUCGAAACAACAGCCUAAAUAAUAAUAAUAAGAAUAGAGAAAGUAGAGCAACCAUGUCCAUGAUGCCAUCCUCUGUUUCUGCAACUAAAGUAAAUCCAGACAUUCAAAAUGAAAGGAAUAAAGCUACGUUUGAUCCUAUACAUAUAACAUAUUUAAUAGACGAAGGAAAAGAAAAAACAAAGAGAAGGCGAUACAUUGAAUCUUUAGUUGAAAAUGAUCCUGAUUUUCAAAACAAGCCUCUAGCAUUUAUGACAAGAGAGGAGCGUUACACUAAUAGUAUACGCAAAGCUCUUCUUGCAGUCAGAAAGAUGGAAAAGCUUGGACUCACAGACCCCUGGGAAAAGCAGAUCUUCACGAGUGUAGCUACCGUCUCAGAAGUCACUAAUAUUGGACUGCACAGUUCUAUGUUUACCACAACUGUUACAUCGCAGAUGAAUGAUGAGCAAAUUUCCAAAUGGCUUCCACUUUGUAUGAAUAUACAGUUAAUUGGAACAUAUGCUCAAACAGAACUUGGCCAUGGUACAUAUCUAAGAGGGCUGGAGACAACUGCAACUUUUGAUCCUGACACAGAUGAGUUUGAGCUUCACAGUCCGACACUGACAUCAAUCAAAUGGUGGCCAGGAAAUUUGGGCAAGACAGUAACACAUGCAGUUGUUGCUGCGCAGUUGUACACACAGGGAAAAUGUUAUGGUGUCCACAUGUUUAUGGUUCCCCUAAGAAGCUUAGAAAACCAUGUACCCCUCCCAGGUAUCGAGAUUGGUGAUAUUGGGCCAAAGUUUGGCUACAGCAACAUUGAUAACGGGUUCUUACGAUUCAAUAAGUAUCGCAUUCCACGUGAAAAUAUGUUUAUGAAAUAUUCCAAGGUCGAGAGAAAUGGAACGUACCUAAGCCCACCACGUGCUAAGCUAACCUAUGGUAGCAUGGUAUUAAUUCGUAGCUUCAUUGUUGGUUCCAUGGGAACUACGCUUGCAAAAGGCGCCACCAUCAGCAUCAGAUAUAGUUCAGUCCGAAGGCAGUCAGAACUGGAAAAAGGAGCACAGGAGCCUCAGGUGCUGGAUUUCCAGAGUCAGCAACUGAAGUUGUUGCCGUACCUAGCAAUGGCAUAUGCCUUUAUCUUUGCUGGGAAGAAGAUGAAGGAUAUGUACAUUCAAAGCUCUGACUCUAUCAGCAAAGGAGACUUCAGUGUCAUGCCAGAGCUCCAUGCAACAUCAGCUGGUUUGAAGGCAUACACAUCUAGUAUCUGUAGUGAGGGCCUUGAAAUUCAGCGUAUGUCAUGUGGUGGCCAUGGUUACUCUCACGCUAGUGGAUUCCCUGAGCUCUAUGCAAACAGCACCCCAGCAUGCACCUAUGAAGGUGAAAACACUGUCAUGAUGCUGCAGACGGCAAGGUUUUUGAUGAAAUGUAUGGAAAAGGCUAACAAUGGAGAGAAGUUGCAUGGAGCAUGUUCAUACAUGUGUGAGAAACUUCCUAGACGAAGCCAAGCCUUUCAUCUUGAAGACUUCUUGAACAGUGAAUUGCUCAUUCAGGCCUACAAACACAGGGCGCACAGAAUGUGUAUGGUUGCAUCACAGGCAGUGCAAGAGCAAGUCCGUAUGGGAAAGCCACAACACGAAGCAUGGAACAAGAGUCAUUUCCAUCUCCUUAAAGCUAGUGAGGCUCACUGUCACUUGUACAUUGUUGAUCACUUCUACGAGUAUGUACUGGAGUCUAGUGUUCCUGCACCCGUCAAAGACGUUCUUUUGACCUUGUGUCAUCUGCAUGCGCUUCAUGGCAUCAGCACUCGGAAGGGAGAGUUUCUACAUGAUGGUUACUUCAGCGGCCAUCAGAUUGAUCUUGUUGAGAAGCAGGUUAUCCAGCUGCUGGAUAAGGUCAGGCCUAACAGUGUGGCACUUGUUGAUGCAUUCGACUUCAGCGAUCGUGUUCUUGACUCUGUUCUUGGAAGAUAUGAUGGCAAUGUCUACGAAAACCUGUACAAGUGGGCAAAGUCUUGCCCGAUGAAUGAAAAAGAGGUUCCAGAUGCAUAUGGGAAGUACAUCAGACCAUUCCUGAUGGAGAACAGAUCUAAGUUGUAAGAAACUUCCGAUACCAAUGGCAUAUUGAUAUGCAUCAUACUGAAGCUUUUCUUGGUUUCCAUAUACUAAUAAGUUUAUUGAUCAAUCAAUCAAUCGUUAAAUAUUGUACCAGUGUUCCACAAUAAAAAUUCUGCUCAGAAAAACUAGAGUGCAUCAAAUUAAAUGACUAAACAGUUAAGAUAAACUGGGGAGGAAAGCAAAAUAAGUCAAGAUGAUCUAUGAAGUAUGGUACAGGUGAUAAGACAAAAAAUUUGCGUACCCAAAACAGUCAUCAAGUAUUUGCUCCUUGAAAUCAACGGAUAAAAAGAUGUGAUGUAAGCCUUUUUUUUAAUGAUAAUUUGAUGGAAUGGGGAUGAUUGUUCCUCAGAAUUGGAGCUGCAUAUUUGAUCGUACAGGCGAAUGUACAUUCCAAUAUGAAUUGGAAUGUAUCAUAGAUGUGGUAACGAUGCAUAGAUACAGUGGUGUAUCUAGCAGUGCACAUGGGGGUGGGGGGAGAGGGUUGGAAUAAUUACCCCCCAAAAAAAGAUUCACCCACCCCAGUCCUUCCCCCAUUAAAAUGUCCAAACCAAAAAUUAGUAGCUAAAAAACACCUUGUAUCACCUUGCUUUACGACCUUCUAUAGAUCCCCCUCCCAACUAUAC